GUAGAUAUUUUUUGUUUCUCCUUAUGAAGACGCCAUAAUAGCCCGUAACUCAAACCUCGUUCCACACCAAAAGUUAAGAAUCUUUAGUAGUAACCAUGGAAUCUUAUUAUGCAACUCUAGCACUUCCUCACCUUCCAAAUUCUAAUUAUGCCUACCCUUCAUCAAUGCCAAGCAGCAACAAAGUUUACCCGUUUUGGCCUUGCAAGAGAAGGAGCUCUCAAUCCACACGCUUACAGUGCAGUAAGAUGUUUGUACCUGGAUUCGGAGAAGCUUCACCAGAACAAAAGGCUGCUAAUAACCUCCACAAUUUCUUUAACUACACUGCAGUUAAAAUUGUUGCUGCUCAACUUGAGAGCUACAACCCUGAAGCAUACGAAGAGCUAAUGGAAUUUUUGAGUAGACACUCGUUGAAUGAUGGGGACAAAUUCUGUGCUAGUAUGAUGAGAGAAUCAUCAAGACAUAAGAACUUAGCCCUACGCAUAAUGGAAGUGCGAUCCGCAUACUGUAAAAAUGAUUUUGAAUGGGACAACUUGAAGCGCUUAGCUGUUAAGAUGGUUGAUGACUCUAACACGAGGCUCAUGAUGGAUUAUGUGGUAGAAACCACUCCCGUUGAAACUGAGAAGUGAAUAGUCCCAACAACAAUGUACAAGCUUCAUUGCCUCUUAUGGAAUAAGAGACAGAACAUUGUUAACAUAAAUAAACUGUGUGUGUAAUAGAAAAAACUCAUCCAUGGUUCUCAAAUGAAUUGUAUACGGGAGAAAUAGCAAAAUCAUGAAUUAAUAUCGAGUUAGAUCA